AUGACUGCCGGGAACCGUCUGAAGUUUGCCCUUAUCGGCCUUGGCCGCCUGGGCUCUAUCCGCGCUAAGAUCCUCGCUUUUCAACAACCUCGCAUCGAGCUCGUAGGUGUUUGCGACACCAAGCCCGGUACUGAUAAAUGGGCUGCGGAGAAUCUCCCUUCCAAUGUCAAGUACUACUCAGAUCCUACAGAAUGCAUGAAGAGCUCUGGCGCCCAGGCCGUCCUCAUCUGCACGGUGACGGCCACCCACGCGCCUCUUAUCAUCCAGGCCUUCGACUUUGGCCUGCACGUCAUUUGCGAGAAGCCUAUCUCAGUUGAUCUCAUAGCCACAAAGGAGGUGGUCGAGAAAGCCGCCGCCAACCCUCACCUCAAGUUCCUCGUCCCUUUUACCCGCCGAUAUGACAAGUCUUAUCGUACUGCUAAGGCCCUUGUCGACAAGGGAGACCUCGGCGAAAUCCAUGCCAUUGAGACCACAUGCCACGACCAGCAAGACCCAAACGCCUUCUUUGUGUCCUUUUCAGAAAUGUCUGGCGGCAUCUUCCUCGACGUCGGCAUCCACUGCAUCGACGCCGGCCGCUACCUCCUAGACGUCAAAUCGGGGCUGCAAAACCCCAAGAAGCAGGUUAACCGCGUCAUCGCCAUGGGUCAGCAAGCCGUCUACGGCGACCUCAAAAAGUUCAAGGACUGCGACAACGGCUGGGGCAUGGUUGAGUUUGCCAACGGCAAGAUCCUCACGACCUACCUCGGCCGCACCCUCACCAACGGCUUCGAGGACACCACGCGUCUGUGUGGCACCAAGGCGCACUCCAUCAUCACCGGCACGUCCAACGUCGAGGUCCGUGACCAGUACGGUAUCCGCUAUCAGUCCGUUCCCGAUGCCUUUACCUUCUUUGACGCCACUUUCCUGGCUGAUCUUGCCGAGUUCGCCGAUGCUGUCCUCGACGGUAAGAGUAUGACGUGCGAGCCAGAGGAUGCAUUCGAAGCCGGCAAGAUCUGUCUUGCUCUGCAGCAGUCUUUCCGCUCGGGUCUCCCCGUGUACUUUGAUGACGAGGGCAUGCCCAUUUUGGAAUAA